AGUUGAUUGAGAUCAUUAUGCAAUUUUGGGAUUUUUAUUGUUUUUACAUUAUUUUAAAUUUAUGUGUAUCUUAUGUACACAGAAAAUCAGCUGAUUUGUUAUAGAUAAGCCAUUCUAAUUCAUUUUUUAGGCUUCCUAUUGUAUAUGGUCAGCAGGUGCAGAGCUAGAAACCUGAAUACGGGCUUUUGCUCAACUAGUUUAUUUGUGUUAAAAGAGUAUUAGGUUUGUGAGCCCUCACCAGGUGAUGUUUGCCUCACUGCUUCCGAGUAUAUCUCCGGAUUUGACGAACUGAUGUAAUCUAUGAAAGCUUGACUCGCUAUAACAUAUUAUCUCUCCUCUUGAUUUUUGCAUCGAGAAGUUAAAAUCGCCUUUGACAUCGAUCAUCUGUUUGACAUCGAUCAUCUGUUUGUAUUAGUUGUGCAUGAUUCUGAUACAUUUGAAUGGUACAACAGUGUCUUGACGCACUGAAGCGAAAGUUACCAUGACGGAAAAUUUGGAUGACAUAAUAAACCACUCAAAUGGUUACAAGGACUCUAAGCCUUUAGUCUUUCCGAAAAAAGAUCUGCUUGAUUCAAGUGGUUACGAUGGCACUAAAGACUCUUUGGCGUGUGAAACAAAAGAGAGGAAUGAAUUCCGGAAUGUUCAGGAACUUGAUGACUCUGCAUUUUCUGAAGAUAUUUCAAGAAGUAACAAACACGAAAUUAGAGCUUCACCUCUGAAGAAUGAUGAUCUGAAUGAAGGCCUGCCUAAUUUAACUUCUUGCAACAGAAACGGAAAUCCUUUUGCAUGUGAUACAGAAGAUCGAGGUCACCCCUGGAGUAUUCCAGAUUUCGUUGAUGAUGAAGAAAAGGGAGCCGUAGUCUCUAAUGCACAAUUUACCUCUCUUUCAGAAUUGUUUGAUACAGACACUUAUUUAUAUACUGAUAAGGGUGUCGUGGAAUGCAAAUUUCCAGAAUCGACAAUUUGCUACAAAGAGAGUAACUAUAACAUUAUGAAAGACAUAUGCAUGGAUGAGGGUGUACCUCUCAUGGAUAAAAUUGUAACUGAAAGCAGGAAAGAUGAUCAGCCUAGAAACACAGCAGACGAGUCCAAAGCUUCAUCAGUUGAAAGUACCUUCAAAAUUUCCGCAGAUAAUCAUACAACUGAAGAAGAUGAGGGUACUAAAUCACUUGUUCCAAAUGGUUUAAACCCCUUCUUGGAUGAUAAUACGAGCAAAGAUGCUGAUAAGGAUUCUUAUCGGGAGGAUGUGAUGGAGAUUUCUGGAUCAAAAUGUACUACAACGGAAAAAGCUACUAACAUAUCAGAAAAAGAACCCGACAAUCAGAAUUCUAAAGAAUCUAACUUUGAUGUCGAUCAAUCAGCAAAGCAGCCUGAUCAGUUUCUUGAACUGCAGAUGCAUUCUUCUGUAGUAGCUUUGAACAGCCAAAAUGCAGUCUCGGCAGCUGAUGAAACAAACAAUAAUGGGCCAGCUAGCAACAUCUUUAACAAUAGCAAGUCGGAAGCUGGAGCUGUUACUCGUGACUUCAACUUGACCGAACUGGCUUUAAGUAGCAGCGUGGCGAAAGUGGCCAAAAACUUGCCUGAACAAUCCAUUAAAUUAGAGGCCGUCUCCAGUCAAAAGGACGGGAAGUCUGAUAGCUUUUCAGCUACUAGUCAAGUUCAUUUUUCUAAUAAUGUGGACUCCAUCGACCCCCAAAAUGUGGCUAAUCACGAGGAUAAGAACUCUGGUAAUAUCCCCCUGGGUGGUCAUGGUCAUUUUGCAGAUGGAGAGGCAAGUUUUUCCGCAGCGGGGCCUGCAUCUGGUUUGAUUACUUACUCAGGUCCUAUAUUACAUUCGGGUAACGUCUCUCUUCGGUCAGAUAGCAGCACAACCAGUACCAGAUCAUUUGCCUUCCCAGUCUUGCAAUAUGAAUGGAACAGUAGUCCAGUAAGAAUGGCAGAGGGAGAAAGGCGGAAACACAGGAGUUGGAGGCAAAGCCUUCUCUGUUGUAAAUUCUAAGUCCUAUUAUUUCAUUUUUGUAGGGUAGUUAGUUAAAAAAUAUACAUCAUUUAAAAUCCAAAAUCAUGAUCCAUUGUAAGUAUAUAUAUUGAUACUCUUAGGAAUGGUAUGUCAUUGGUGGUAGGUAUAGAGGGCUCUAUGAGUUAGUUUGCUUAAAGAGUGGAGGCAGUGAAAUGUAAACCCUUAAAUUUUUGUUUUCCUUAUAUGCUAUCUAUGAUAUAAUCAUUUAGCAAUAAAUUCCUAGUUUGUUAAA